UCAAAAGGAACCUGAUCAUAUGAUAAUGAAGCUCCUUCUCUGUGUUAUUUGUAUCCAUCUCUCAGCACAACGAUUGGUAACAUCUGAGAUUAAAGUGAAUGGAUAUGAAAGAGCAUCAGUCACAAUAGAGUGCUCUCAUCGAUGGGCAGAAAAAAACAGGAAGUACUUUUGUAAAGACUUGUGUAAAGAAGAUAAGGAUGUUGUUGUUGACUCAGUUAAAACUCCCCGUGUGAGAUUUCAUUUACAGGACAGAGGAAACACCUUCACUGUGACUAUUACUAACCUUAGCAAGACAGAUUCUGGGACGUACUGGUGUGCAGUGGACAGAUUUUUUUCUGACACCUACACUAAGGUCAUCCUCACCGUUCUUGAAGUGCCGCUGAGUUCUCCACCUAUGAGCGCAGUAACUCACAUUUAUUCUCCACCUACUAUUAGUUACCUAGGAAAUUCUUUAACCACAUUCAGGGUCACAUAUACAACGGUUAAUAUAGCAACAAAACAGUCAACCAAGGAGAGCAAUAUUAUUAAAAAUACAGAUUGGCGAGUUUAUCUCAUUGUUUCUGUCUCGGUUAUACUGAUCACUUCACUGGUGGGAACUCUGGUGUUUUUAAUCUUACAUUAUAUGGAGACUUUAGUGAAGUUUCGGUGUUGCCCAGGAUGGAGGAAGACUUCUGACACUGAAUGCGAUUCAUUUGGAAACCAGAAUUCAAUCCCCAAUAAUCCUCCUCCAGCCAGUACAGGCACUCAGUCUGACUAUGAAAACUUUCUCAACGUUGCCACCUCAUCGCCUAACUGCAAUAUAUACACUGUUCGCUCUGUAUGAUGUCAUUUCACUUCUGCCACAUUUUCUUUAUUUUAAGUCAUUAAGUCAUGUCUGACCCUUUUUGGAACCACACCAGGCCUUUCUAGAUGUUGUCCAUAGAGUUUUCUUGGGAAGAAUAAGGGGUGGGUUGCCAUUUCCUUUUCCAAAGGAUCAUAUUUAUUUAGAAACGGCAAUUCAUCUAAUCUGCAUGUCUUUGGGAGGAAAGCGGAGAACCCAGAAAAAACCACCAAGCAUGGGGAGAACAUGCAAACUUCAUGCGCACAGACCGGAGGUGGGAAUCAAACUUGGGACCUGGAGGUGCAAGGCGACAGUGCUAACCACUAAGCCACCAUGCCGCCACUACCACAGUACUGUAUACAGAAUAUAUUAAUAAUUAACAAUUUAAUAGUACAAAUCUGGUCCCAAACUGUAAAACAUGCAGUUAUCGUUGCGGCCUGACACCACCUGCACUCCUGAUUUUAAACACCUGCUACAUGAUUAAGCAUUUAUUGAGGGAAGACAAGUCAUACUAUUAAGAAAGUACAUAUUUGUUGUAAGAUAAAAAAACAACUAAUUAAAUUACAUGU